GCGGCUUCUCUUCUUUGCCUAGACCAGAAGAAAGCCGGGACGUGACGGAGCCGGGGGGGUUCUGCUUGCUGGAGGCCCGUUAAACCACUGAUAAAUACAGCUUCCUCGCAGUUUGUUCGUCGCUCAAGAGACGUUUGUGACCUACCUUGACCCUACGUAUUUUUUCACCUAGAACUAAUUUCACAAACAUGUCCUGGCAAAGCUACGUGGACAACCUGAUGGCUGAUGGCAGCUGCCAGGACGCGGCCAUUGUUGGGUACACGGACGCCAAAUACGUCUGGGCAUCUUUUGUCGGCGGUACCUUUGCCAACAUAACGCCUGAAGAAAUCGACGUGUUAAUAGGAAAGGACCGAGAGGGAUUCUUCACCAGUGGGAUGACCUUAGGCAAUAAAAAGUGCUCCGUAAUCAGAGACAGCCUCCAUAUUGACGGCGACUGGACAAUGGACAUCCGGACAAAGAGUCAAGGAGGAGAGCCAACAUACAACGUUUCUGUAGGCAGAGCCGGCAAAGCAUUGGUUUUUGUCAUGGGGAAGGAAGGUGUCCAUGGAGGACAGCUCAACAAGAAAGCAUUUCAGAUGGCUGAGUACCUGAGGAAGUCCGGAUACUAAAGCAGCCUGUACCCAGCCACCUAGCAGCUCACCCUUACCGCCCUGUUGCAUGUCACACUACAAGUCCUAGUUGGUAGUUACUUUGUUUUUCUUUUUCUGCCUUCUCUCCCCCAUUCGUUAUCCCAUAUUUUGUUGUCAUUUGCCCCUAACCCAUCCUCUUCACUCAACACACUUGCGCUGUGUACUCUUACCCCCCCUUAACGCACUAUAAGUUGAUCCAUAGCAAAGAUGAGCAUGUUGCUAACAGGAUGUCAUGACAAAUCUGUACCAAGACCAGCAAAACAUUCUGGCCAAACACUCAAUGAAGGCUAUAGCGUCAAUUUUAAGUAGUUUUUUUUUUUUUUUCUUUCUUUUCUCUCUGUCGUGGUGCCCAUUAUUUAAUCUCACCCAAAACCCGAUCACACACACUCCCCUCCCUGAGCAGCCGAUGCCUUUGGAGCCGUAACCAAGCUCGUCAUGUCUUCCUCUUUCAUUUCCCCCAUCAUGUCCUGGAGGGCAAACUGUGUGCGUAUCUCGGUCCACUGUCUUUUCCCUCUCAACCUUCCCCUUCCCCCCAAAUUUUUCAGGUCCUCCCCAUCCUGUUUGCUCAAAGCAGGAGACACUACAAAGCUCAGUCAUCUUCAUCAAACACUACACACCACCCAACCAGUCCUAACUCUCAAAUUCACUGCUCUGUCCUGAAUACCUUUUUAUUAAAAAGGGGGGUGGGUGGGGAUGCUCGGACCAGCUCAGCUCAGUUGAUGACCACGAGCCAGAUGUGGCAGCAAGUGUCAUCCAGAUGCUGGUAGCCUCUCGUCCCGUCAUCACAACCUCCCCGACUACAAAAAACCCAUGGACAUUCCACAGUAACAAUGGCUCAGGCACUUACUACUGUUUUUUGUUUGCCAGCUCCUGUAAGGUGUUUAUUUUAUUUUUUUUUGUUGGAAAGGCUGCCAUUUUUGGACAGUAGAUAUCCCAGCAUAUUACCAUCUGGAGUGUGUCCAGUUUGAAUAUUUUUUUUCUUUUUAUAGGACCAAGUGUAGUCAAAGCUCGGGUGUACAAUUGCUCUAAAUCAUGUGAAGGAUGACUGCUAACCUUUUCUGAUGAAGGAAACACUAACCAGACAGUAAUAUUUACCAUGGUUUAAAAAAAAAAAUAAUAAAAAAAUAUGAAGCUACAGGGGAGGUUAAGGGUGGGAGUAUCUGAAGUAAAUUCUCAUUUCAUUGUUUUUCUUUGUUAAGGGAAAAAAAACAACUGCAUUUGUACAAACCCAUGCUGUGUUGACAACUACAAAACUGUGGAAUAAAUUGCCUUUACUCUGUAGUCAGCUGAGCUCUGGGGUAUCACACGGUCUGCCCAUGCUCAGCACUGCUAACUGUAACGUCCAAGGGGGGGGGCACUUUCAAAAGUAGAAAUGACACUCGAUGGGAGAUGUGAUUGGUUGGAACAAAGACGCUUAUGGUUGUCUUGUCAAAACUGCAGAACCUGUGUAUCCUGUGCCAUAAUAGAUCUGUUGCUGUUGUAAGAUGGAUUUUACCCACUGUCCACUAAGUCAUUUCAUUGGCACUUUUUAAGCUUCAGCUCCACUGUUUAGGCCUUGUGGGAUAUGUGUACUCAUAAAGAAAAACAAAAAAAAAAUGUUUCAAGUCCUGUUUGCUGAUUUAUGUUCAUUUCCUUUUCCUCACCACUUUUUUCUUACAUCUGGGAUACAGUCUCUUUAAUGCAUCUGAUUUCGUAUGCAUAAAACCAAGAAAUGCCAUAAAUUGAUUUAUCACCUUGUUUACAGACAGAUCAAAUAAAUUUAUUCCAACCAGA